AAGGGAGUCGGGGCCGAGAUCUCCAAAGUUCCGCGGGCGAAGGAAGGGGGUCCCCGGAGUUCCAUGCUGGGGCGCGGAGGGGGAACCCCGAUGUCCCGGGCGGCGGCGCGGGCUCCUGGAACUUGCCAAGUCUGGCGGCUCGCGCUGAAAUUGGGGCGCGCGGAGCCCGCGGUCGAGGAGGGGGCGAAGCCCGCGUAGAUCCCGGGCCCCUGGCUGGGACGCCGGGGAGGAGGCCUCGCCGCCGGCCCCGGCUCGGGCCCGAGGGGUCCUGGACAUUCGGGGCGUCUUCUCCCAGCCCCACGCCCUCUCGGGCGCGUGACUCGCGGAGUCGGUAACUUUCCCGGCGCCGCCGCCAUAGUCCCGGCAGGAGCGACUUGGCCAGAAGGACCUGGGUUCUGGGGAUCCCCGCGUCCCCAACCCCAGCCAGGCCCAGGACCUUCCCUAUCCCGGGCUCAGGCUCCAGACUCUGGGACCCGGACAACAGCUGCCCAGGACAAGGGCCCACACUGGCCACUCUCGUCACCCUCGGGUCCCCCUGGGAGCCUGUCCAGCCUGGGCUGAUCAAUGUCCACAGCCAGGGAGCAGCCGAUCUUCAGCACUCGGGCACACGUGUUCCAGAUCGAUCCAGCCACCAAGAGGAACUGGAUCCCUGCAGGCAAGCACGCACUCACCGUCUCCUACUUCUACGAUGCCACCCGCAACGUCUACCGCAUCAUCAGCAUUGGGGGCACCAAGGCCAUCAUCAACAGUACUGUCACUCCCAACAUGACCUUCACCAAAACCUCACAGAAGUUCGGGCAGUGGGCGGACAGCCGUGCCAACACAGUCUACGGCCUAGGUUUUGCUUCUGAGCAACAUCUGACCCAGUUUGCUGAGAAGUUCCAGGAGGUCAAAGAGGCAGCUCGGUUGGCCCGGGAGAAAUCUCAGGAUGGAGGGGAGUUUACCAGCCCGGCCCUGGGACUCCUGUCCCACCAGGUGCCCCCGAGCCCGCUGGUCAGCGCCAACGGCCCUGGCGAGGAGAAGCUGUUCCGCAGCCAGAGCGCCGACGCCCCUGGCCCCACGGAGCGCGAGCGGCUCAAGAAGAUGCUGUCCGAGGGCUCGGUGGGCGAAGUGCAGUGGGAGGCGGAGUUCUUCGCACUGCAGGACAGCAACAAUAAACUGGCGGACGCUCUGCGUGAGGCCAACGCUGCAGCCACCCAGUGGAGGCAUCAGGUGGAGGCCCAGCGUGCGGAGGCUGAGAGGCUGCGGCAGCGGGUGGCAGAGCUAGAAGCACAGGUGGCUGCAGAGCCGGCCGUGGAAGAGGCGCCUGGUCAGUCGCUGGAGAAGCUGGAGGCGCUGGUGAGGACCAAGGACCAGGAGAUCCAGACGCUGAAGAAUCAAACUGGGGGACCCCGAGAGGCCUCAGACGCUGCGGAACGUGAGGAGACUGAGCAGAAGGUGCAGGACCUGGAGGCCCGCAAUGCAGAGCUGGAGCAACAGCUACAGGCAACAGAGCGCAGCUUGGAGGAGGCACGGCUGGAGCGGGAGCGGGCGAGGGCCGAAGUGGGUAGGGCAGCACAGCUGCUGGACGUGCGGCUCUUCGAGCUCAGUGAGCUUAGGGAAGGCCUGGCCAGGCUGGCCGAGGCUACACCCUGAGCCAGUGCCUGGGUCCCACGGGCCCUCAGGGCUGGUCCUGCAGGAGUUGGCCCUGCCGGGCAUAUAUGCCAGGCUGAGGUAGUGGAGCUGGGCUCCAGUUUCACUGUGUAGACUCUAGGAUCCUGGGGCACACACUGCGCCCACAUUACAUUUCUCAAGUCUGACUGUGUGUGUAGCGUGGGCACUGGAACCCUGCUGCCCCUGCGCCUGCCUCUGUGCUUCUGAGACACCAUCUCACUGUGUAGUCCAGGCUGGCCUGGAACUCAUGGAGAUCCACCCGCCUCAGCCUCCCCAGUGGACCCUGUUCAGAGACUUCCUCAGCCUGAUGUGAAGCCCAGGCUGUGGGUGUGCAGGGAAGCACCUAGAGUAUAGCUGUGCUCACUGGUAGGGGUAAGGGCAUUGCCACUGCCGCCUUCUAGCUGGCUUGGAGAACACAGUGGCUGCUGAGCUGUGUUCUGAGCAGGGAAACAGGCCCAGAGGAAAGGCUGUGCCCCAACGCCCAGUGGCUAGAGUGGCUGGCACUGCCAUUCAGGCCAGUGGUAUCUGUGAAGUUUCAGGCUUGUGAUGGAGAGGGGGAGGGGUGUGUGCUAAAAAUCACAGCCACAGCCAGCAGGUGGACAGACCCUUUAUUAAGCAGCCUUGCCCAGGCAGUCUUCCUGGGCCCACACCAUGCUCAGGGCCUGCUGUCCUUUGCACCUCCAACCAGUGUGUCUGUCCACAGUCCUGCCGAGGUGGGGUGCCAUCUGCAGGGUGCCAUGGGCACUCAGGCUGGGCCUGGGGCCGCCUUUGGAGUCUGGGGCAGCUGCCUGCCACGACCCGCCCUGCCGGCCUUCUGCUGCCGCUGCAGGGCCUGCCCCACCUUCUCCUUGAAGCGCCGGUUUUUCUGCUUGAUCUUAGCCAGCUCUGCCCUUCUCUUGGCCUCCAGGUCGGGGUCCUGAGAGGCACGCAGGGUGCUGAGCGGGUGUCCGGGCCCAGGACCACACUGCCCACCCUGGCUGGCCCCACACUCACCCUCCCCUCCAGGAUGAGCUGCUUCCGCUUGUUGAUUUCCUUCUUCUCAUCGAAGUGGGCGGCCUCCAAUUUCUAGGAUAUGGGGGUGAGCUGUCACAGAAGGGUCCCCAGGGCCCGGGGGGAACAUGCCGCCCUUGCACCCCCACACGGGUGCCCCUGCAGACACUCACAAUCUCGCAUUCCCUGCGGACCACGUUGACUUGCGUGAGGAUCUGCAGCACCUCGGCUUCCUCCACUGGCAGCUCCUCCAGCUGCUUCUCUGGGGAGGGGGGCACAUGGCAGAGACAGGCUCAGCUUUGUCCUGAGCUCCCGGAGAGAGGGGGUGCAGGGCUGGGGGUACCAACUGCUGGCCUUCUAGGUUUUGUCAGUACUGGGGAUGGAACGGCCUUCAGGCUGUGCCCCAUCCCCACCACUUUGUAUGUUAGGACAUGGUGUUGGUGAGUUGUCUGGGUCAAGUAUGAGUUUGCAAUCCUCCUGCCUCAGCCUCCCCAGUGCUGGGAUCACAGGUGUGCACCCCCACACCCAGCCCCAGUGCAUAGUUUUGCUAAUUCCUCAAAUAAAAAGACAGCCAGGCACGUGUAUUGACCUACACUUGUAAUCCCAGCACACAAGAGGAUUAGGCAGGAGGAUCACCCUGAGUUCAGCUUUAUUACCUUGGGCUACAUAGUGGGACCCUGCCUGAAAAAACAACCAACCUGCCCUGCGUAUUGGGCUGAGAACCUGCCUGGGCUCUGUCUUGGGUUCUGCGUCUAUGACUAAACCAGACACUGGCUGAAAAUACUCAAAAAGAGCCCAACUGCACCCCUGUUGGACAUAAAGGCUUCUCCUCUGGGAGCCACACCCCAGGUACCUCUGCCCUCGGCCAUCUUCCCCCAGAUGGCAUCACAGCCAGCUUGCUGCAUCGCACCGCCCCUGCCCUAUCGCCAAGUCCUGAUUGCAGAGUGACUGAGCCUAUGGGCGGAUGUGCCUGACACCUUCGAGACCACCACAAUACUUCACAGGAAGAAUUCCUGUUGCCAGACUUCAGUGUUCAUGGGGGCAUCUUGGAACACAUUCCCUGAGGAACCCAGGGGCCAAUUAUUUGUUUCUUGGCACUGAUGUUUUUAAAGCGAAAGCCAGGCACAGUGGUGUGGGUCUGCAGUCUCUGUUACUGGGGACGCUGAGGCAAAGGAUUGCUUGAGCCUUGAAGUUAGAGGCCGACCGGAAGACACCACAAGAUCCCUUCUUCCCAAGAAAUAAACCAAGAAGCAGUGGUGCUUUCUGACAUAGGCCAUCUGCAGGGGCUAGUGUGUGGCUACCCUGCCCCAGUGGCUGCUGGCAUGCAGUGGUCCUGGGCCUGCAUGGGAGACAUGGUCUCUGUGGGGAGCUCUGCUUUCCUAACUGGGCUCCGGGUGGCCCACGCUGACUGUACACUUACUGAUCUGCUCCUCAAUGGCGUGCACCAGGUGGAUGUCGUACUGGGUCACCAGUGUGAUGGCCUGGCCCUGUCGCCCUGAGGGGACAUGAGGUCACAUGGUGAUUAUGGGGCCUGGAGCUAUGUGGAGGAAGGACCUGUAACAGGACAGUGGCUCUGUGCCCAGGGGGCUGUGGGGCCUGGUGUGGGAUAGCUGUACCCACAGGUGUAUGUGAGAAAGACAGAGAUGGGGCUGCUUUCUCUUUACGGCUUGGCAGCCAGGGAGCACAGGCUAAGUGACAUCAGACAGGAGCCAAGAGGCCUCGGCCUGGAUCUCUACACCCAUUUCUCUGCCCUGCACUUCUAGGACAGUCGCCAAGCCUAUCACCCAUCAUGAGACGAGGCUUGGGAUGGGGGCAUGUGGCCGACCCAUGACCCCAGCGUCAGGAUGGAAGGCUGGGUUUGGCCUUUGGUGUUUUGAGGAUACUGGGGUAGAACCCAGGACCUGUCUGCUAGGUGAGCAUGCACCAACUCCCCUCUGCUCCUGAAGGAGUCCACUAACCCCCACUGGCCAGGGCGCCUGGUGUCAUGGGCUGCAUCCCACCCUAGCACCCCUGGACCCACACGGGCUCACCUGCUCGGGCAGUGCGGCCGACACGGUGGAUGUAGAUCUUAGGGAGCCCGGGGGUAUUGUGGUUGAUGACCACCUGCACCGUGGGUAUGUCCAGGCCCCUGUAGGCAGAGACUGCUCAGUGGGGAAACUAGGCUGUGGCUCCCCGGGGUUGACUUGGCAGUGGCACAGGGGCUGCCUGACCAGUGCCACUCACCGAGAAGCUACAUCUGUUGCAAUCAGGAUCCGGUAGAUGCUGGACUUGAAUUUGGCUAGGGCUGAGAAGCGUUCUUUCUGUGGGACCGAGAAGGCAUCAGGGUCAGAGUGGUGGUGUCCUCAGGCCUUGUGUGUGUGUGGGGGGAUCCAGGAUCACAGGCUGUGCCCUGGAAGGGCAUUCUUGUCCCCACUCCUCUCUUCUCCCCAUUUCCUGGCCACCUGGGGAUGGCUGCCCAUAGACUGAGUCCUUUAAGUUGUGAGCCAAAAUAAACCCCUCUUCCUCUA